CACAGAACGAUCUGGAGCCAUGAAGCUGCUGACCAGAGCUGGAUUUUUCUCGAGGUUUUAUUCCCUCAAAGUUGCUCCUACAGUGAAGCCCGCGGCUGCGCCCCCUGGAGUGGCUCUGCAUCCUCAGGAUCUCGAGUUUACCAAGUUACCAAAUGGCCUCGUCAUUGCUUCCAUGGAAAAUUACGCUCCUACGUCAAGGAUUGGCGUGUUCAUUAAAGCAGACAGUCGCUAUGAAGACGCCAACAUUUUGGGAACCUCUCAUUUGCUUCGCCUUGCCUCCAGUUUGACAACAAGAGCUUCUUCUUUCAAGAUAACUCGUGGAAUUGAGGCAGUUGGUGGUAAAUUAAGUGUGACCGCGAUGAGGGAGAGCAUGGCGUACAUGGUGGAGUGUCGGUGGGACGACGUUGACAUUCUCAUGGAGUUCCUGCUCAGUGUCACCACUGCACCAGAGUUUCGCCCUUGGGAGGUCUCGGUCCUGCAGUCCCACAUGAUGGUUGACAAAGCUGUGGCUUUUCAGAACCCCCAGGCUCAAGUCAUUGAAAAUCUGCAUGCUGCUGCCUACAAAACUACCUUGGCUAAUUCCUUGUACUGUCCUGAUUAUAGGAUUGGGAAAGUGAAGUCAGAGGAGUUACAUUUCUUCGUUCAGAACCACUUCACAAGUGCAAGAAUGGCUUUGAUUGGACUCGGUGUGAGUCAUCCAGUUCUGAAGCAAGUUGCCGAGCAGUUUCUCAACAUGAGGGGAGGGCUUGGUCUCUCUGGUGCCAAGAGUCAGUACCGUGGAGGUGAAAUUCAGAAACAGAACGGAGACAGUCUUGUCCAUGCAGCCCUUGUCGUAGAGAGCGCAGCCAUCAGAAGUGCAGAAGCCAAUGCCUUCAGUGUCCUCCAGCAUGUCCUGGGGGCCAGACCCCAUGUCAAGAGAGGCGGCAAUGCCAGCAGCAGUCUGUACCAGACUGUUGCCAAAGGAGUGAACCAACCAUUUGACGUUUCUGCUUUCAAUGCCAGCUACACUGACUUGGGGCUCUUUGGGAUUUACACCAUCUCCCUGGCUGCAGCUGCUGGAGACGUCACCAAGGCCGCCUAUAACCAAGUCAAAUCCGUCGCUCAAGGAGGCCUUUCCAGCACAGACGUCCAGGCUGCCAAGAACAAGCUUAAAGCUGGCUACUUAAUGUCAGUGGAGUCAUCAGAAGGCUUCCUGGAUGAAAUCGGGUCCCAGGCUCAAGUCUCUGGUUCAUAUGUGCCACCAACCACCGUCCUUCAGCAGAUUGACUCAGUCACCGAUGCUGAUAUCACCAAGGCUGCAAAGAAGUUUGUUUCUGGCCGGAAGUCAAUGGCAGCAACUGGCAAUUUGGGGCAUACACCUUUUCUUAAUGAGUUAUGUUCUCCAACGUGGACAGCGCCCGGUGAGCGGCAUGCAGCUGACCUUCCUGUCCCUGCUGAGGGCAGGCGCCUGGCAGACCUUCACCUGCCUGUGCCCGAACUCAGCCGCCUGGCUGGACGCGACCUCAGAUUUCCGACCCCAGACCACCCCAUGUACUACUUUCUCUCCAACCUGUCUUUCGUGGACAUCUGCUUCAUCUAUACCACCAUCCCCAAGAUGCUACAGAACAUCCACACAAAAAGCCAAGCCAUCUCCUACAAGGGCAGCAUCACCCAUGGCAUGUACCUGAGUUACGUCGCCUCCCACAACUCCCACUCCAGCGACAUCACCUCGGUGAUUUACACGGUGGUCAGCACCAUACUGAGUCCCUUCAUCCACAGCCUGGGGAAAAAGACUAAAAGAGGGCUCUGA